UGAGAAUGUUGUUGUUUCUUCUGCCCAACAACAUUCCUCCUCACCUACACUUUCUUUUGAUGAUGGCCCACCAUUUGGUCAAUAUGAAAAUGUUAUGCUAUCUGGGGUAAGUUGUGGCCAAUCCGAAGAUAUUGUUUCUUGUGGUAACACUGUGUCUGCAACUGUAGAAAAUGAAUCAUCUGAAGACAGUGAUGACAUGUCAGAUGAUAUGUCAGAUGGCCUUUUAACUAAAUCAUCUGACUCAUUCUCAUUUCUCCAAAAUUUUGAAAUCAUCACACAGUCCCAUCCUACUUGUCUUCUUCUCCAUGCUAUUUACAAAAAUAAAAAAGAACUUAUCCACCAUCUGAAGAUGUAUGCUAUCACAAACCACUUCCAAUACAGAACUAAGACAUCCAAGAAAAUAUGUUUGCAUGUUAUUUGCUUAGAUCCAAAAUGUUGUUGGAGUGUUCGAGCUGUAAAACUACAUGGCGUAACAAUGUUUCAAAUCAGAAGAUUCCGGCCAGUUCACACAUGCUCUAUUGAUUACAGACAAGGCAAACAUAGACAGGCAUCUGCUAGUGUGAUAGCAAAUAUUAUUGC